GUUUUGUUCACUCAUCCAACACAGUCACAGUUCCGACGACAUCCACAGUAUAAUGUCCACUCAUCCUUCUCCAGACCCAUUUCAACCCAUGACUAUGUCGCCAUCUUCUAGUGUGCAACACUCGCCCCCUGUUGAUCUCAGACGUAUGACGUCCAACUCGACGCUGCUUACUCCCCAGAAAGAUUCAACUAGGGAACAUAGACUCUCAACUCAUACUUCUCAGCACCUGAAUACAACAAGGAUGGGCUCUCGCUCACCUUCUUCAAUUCCUUCAUCGCCGACAUCUGCUCAUUCAUCGUCAUCCGCAAUUUUUGAGCGUGAUAUUGAACCUAUGCACCCUCCUUCUCCUCCUUCUCACCCGAAUCCCCAUCGCAUUGCGCGUGCAAAAGGCACUGAACAACUCGAGCACAGCGUACCUUCUGUGCUCGAUAGUGCUGCUUCAAUUCUCGCAGCCUCCUCUCCCAUGGAGGAAGAUCACAUUUCUGUCGUCAGUCCUUCGCGAGAUCGUGAUCGCCUCACUACCAGCGGUUUCGCUAGCCCAAUCGGUAGCUUGAGGAGCAGAAGCCCAAGUCCAUCAGGAAGGACGAGCUUGUUGCUGAGCAUUCCAUCUCAGCAGGGGCCCAUUACCCCCCUUAAUAUUACGCCGGGUGUGGGAGCGGGCAGUCCGCAGCGGUUGAGCAUCCAGACGAGCCCACUCGCUUUUCCCUCAAAACAGGGUACAAGUGGCAAGGCGUCUGCCGCACCUUCUAUCAGCACGCCUGCAUCUGUAUAUUACUCCACGCUCUCAUCAGUCGAACCAUCACCCACGACCACGACUGCGGAGCAUCCUUCCUCUGCACUUCCCCCUAUCGCCAUAUCAACACUCUCGCCUUCAUCAACAUACACAUCUUCACCUUACAUACGUCCCAUCACCAUCUCCCACCCUCCGUCUCCAACGCACGGACCCACUAAGCGUCUCUCGUUCAUGAGUUAUGCCGAUCUGCUCGCAUCAACACCGGCAUCAAUGGUUCCGUUGUCAUCAUUCACUACCUGCGCAACUCCUGAGCCGCCACCUCACAUUCCUGGUGUGGAAGGUUACGCCCUCAACCAACAUGAUGCUGCGAGUCUUAGUGGUCGUGAGCGUGACAGCAUCGCCAUGCUCGAUGAUAUCGGUGGUGAAUGGCAGCGCGAGGGUCUUGGACGAGGCCUCGAAGAGAGAUUAGAGGCCUUGAUGAUCGUCCCUAGUAAAGCAUAAAUCUAAAUCUCGAGGCGCUGAAGUCAAACAGUCCCGCGUUUUUGACUCGAGCCCGACAUGAAACUAAUGAUAUCUUACGAUUUCACGCUGUACUAAUCUGUCGUUCGUUCUAUGCAUAUCUUUCGCUAUUCCUAUUCUUAUUCCCGCCCUCGAUACCGGCUACCUACUACUUCCUUGUUUUCCACGACAUCAAGUCAACAAAAAUAUCUAUGUAUGAUCGUCUUAUUUUGUUACUUAUGAUAUGAUCGAUUUUUCGCGUUUAGGUACUAGGGGAUACUUUUACUCUUGUGAAGAUUUCCCUUGAAGUUGAUGUUUAGUUUCGGGUAUUCGUAAACUAAUACGAUACAAUAGUUGAGAUAGUUGUUGUCAAUUUUAGUGUGGUUUAGAUGGCAUGCCUUUGAUCAAGCCAAGCAAGCAUAAUAUUAUGCACAAGGACACGUCUCGUCUAAUUGAGAGAAUAUGUGGU